GAGCUUUGCCUGAUCGUCGCGCAUCGGUAGCAUUUCUCCCCCCUUGCCUGAGAUAAUGGCCCCAUUGCCCAGCAGACGUCUCAUCCACUCGAAGGCGUCAGCGCUUUCGUGUUUCCUCUUCCUCGCCUGCAUCAGUGCUAAGACGGCAGCAGUCUCUUCUGCUGCUGAAUGGAUUCCCGCCACAUGUGCCUUGUACUCAUUGCAAGGGGGCUUCACUGUCCUCAUUUCGACGCGCAUUCCUGAAGAUCAUGGAGUCUGUCUGCGGGACAGUCACCCAGCCAGGCCACAGCCGCGCGAAACCCCGAAUGCUGAGGCCAUCUCUAUUGCAAACAACGACGGCUUGGAGAAACGGGCCGCAGAGUUCGCUCGAUGGGUGAGGGACAGACAUGCUCUUGAUCCACCAGCCCACAUAUCCUUCCCAAACAGGUGACACCCUCGACCACACAUCUGCACCUCACAGUCUUUCCUUUCCUCUCCUUCAGGUUGUUUUCCGUCCGGGGCCACGCGCCACGGGAGGAGCAUCUGGUGCAGGAGGCCCUCGGAGAAGCCGGAUGGCGAAAGGCGUACCAGUAAGAAAAGACACACGGCGCCUGCUUGAUGGCAACUGGGAGUGUACAUUCCUGUCAUCACUAAUCACAAUCAGGUCUGAGGAGGCAUCACUCUUGUGGCUGCAGCCGGCUGUGCUGAAUGAUUCGAUUUAUCGACAAAUAAUGCCAUUCCCAGAAAACGAACGUGUGCUACGGCUCAUCGGCGAUAGGCGACAAGAACGCCAUGGCGGCGAACAUUGCUGCUUUCAAUCUGACAUACAUGAACGGGGUCUGCAGACACGAAUGGAUACCCACACGCGCAUAAUGGUGUGAUCUUGUUGUGCAGUCGCUGCCGGCAUUUCUGCCAAAGGAUCUUCCAGGUCAGCCAAACGAUCGCAUGAACAACGAGACCACCAGACGGGUUUCUUGCCUGACUGCCAUAUCAGAUUCUCUCGAGACGCUUCAGCGGAUUGAGAACGAGAGCAUCGCCACAGGACUCGCCGCACCGUGGUAUAUGGUCAGGAGACAGAGCAGCCACAGGGGCCGCAACAUCUAUGCCACCAACUCCACACAACGCAUCGCAGAGAUCAUGGGUCACCCACACAACCAGCCAUCUCACGCCGUGUGUAUGUGUCUCUUUUUUUUUGUCUGUCUCCGUUCGCUGAGGCGAGCGACUUUGUGGCGAGCGAAUACAUCCGCCCCCACCUGAUCGGGGGCUACAAAUGGCAUCUGCGGCUGCAUGUGGUGGUGGUCAGCUGGGAUCCCCUGAGGCUAUUUCUCAGUGAGAGGGACGGCCUUGUGCUCAUCGCCACCAAGCCAUUCUCCUUCAGCUCAGAAGAUCCACGUAUGGCAGCCUACUCAUCUAGCACACAUGUGUCUCUCCUGUAACAUUGGUGUGUGUUUGUGCAGUGGUUCACCUGACGAAUGCAGACGUGCAAGCAGAGUCAAAUGGGCCGACUUACUUUCAGACUCCGCUUCGAUUUGUCCACAAUCUCGCGUAUCUGAGCUUGAUUUUCACCAACGACCAGCUGAACAUCAUAUGGAGACGGAUACGGGUCAGCUGGUGACAAUGGAGACCACCGCUUGGCUUCCCAUGCUGUUGCUGCGGCUUGCAGGAGGUGAUAAUGUGGGCUUUUCUUUCCGUUGAAGUCCCCCUGCACUACCAUGUCCACGCAGGAAUGGCCCACCCUGACAGCUGCUUUGAGUACUUCGGUGUCGACGUCAUUCUGACCCCCCAGCUGCGGCCCUACCUGCUAGAAGUGAACAGGUUUGCAGCCACAGCGUACAAGACCCAUGUGGAAAAGGCAGUCAAGAAGGCUGUCCUAGUGGGGAUGUUCUGUCUGGUGGGCGUGAGGUGCGGCUCGCUGAGAGACACGGAGGAGAUGAUGCUGCGGACACGAUUACCUGAAGACAUUUAUCUCGCCCUGGCGGGCACCUCAUUAUCCAUCACCGCCCCGCAGCUGCCGUUGAUGCCAUGGAUAAGGGGAGACGUGGGCUACUUUGCGACUCGAGAAGAAGAGGUGGACGCAGCCUUGUUCAGUGGGGAGAAUGGUAAUGGUUGGAAUGACAUGAGUGGCGACAGUUUGGAGCACAUGUUUCGGGCUGUUCUGGAGUAUGAGCGAGACAUCGUCAGAAGGUAUACACGCGCUUACACACAGGCAGGUAAGCAGGCAUCAAACGUCGUGUGUCUUCAUCCAGUGAGAAGACUGGUCUGAGAUUGAUUUACCCGACCAUUGAGACGCUGUCCAUCCAACACAGGUUGGCGCAUCCACCGCACAGCACAGCACGUCCCACCUACGACCGCUCCUGUGUGUGGUGCGUGUCUCUCUCUCCUGUGGGUGCAGGUUGAUGGAUUCAAUAGAUUUCCCCACCUCCUAUGGGCACAUUGCGUUGCGCAACUGGCUGGAAUGGCGACGAAGGCGGAGACACAGCCACCAAGAAGCGAGCCAGGGUGUCAGAGCGUGAAUUGGGUGUCACGUGAUCCUUCUUUAUUGGGAACAUACGGGGCCCCUCGGUGUGAGAACACGUGAAGGUCUGUGUGUGUCGCUCUUGCAUGUCCACUGCCUGGCUCCCUUCGUUGAUAAAUUGGGGUGGUCCCCACUCAUUCGUCAAGGUGUCAGACUGUAUGUGUGUGUGUGUGUGUGUCUGUGUUGAGCUUAAGAAAGGAAUAACGUUGACCCACACAUGAGUGCAUUCAACAC